UCAAAGAUGGCGGCUGGCGAAUCUUAAACCCAGCCAUCAGCGAAGAGAUGUCAGUUGUGGAAGGAGAGGUGGGACUGGUGGCAGGUCGCAGUCAGAGGGAGAAGAAGCGCUCAUACAAAGAUUUGUUGAGAGAAGAGGAAGAAAUGGCUGCACAGGACUCUGAGCUAUUAGUGCCGGGGGGAGAUUUACAUAGAAAAAAGAAGCACUCAAGUGAUGAGCACUAUUAUAAAGACCACCAAGGCUCAGGCCCUCAUAAGAAGAAGCGCAAAUCUUCAGAGCGCUCACCCUCGCGCUCGUCCUCUUGCCCCUCUCAGCUCUCCCCCUUCACAGACACUGCUAUGGGUCUCUUGCAAGCCAUCACCUCCCCGACGGCUACAGGUUCUGAACCUGGCCCACACCUUCACAAAAAACCUUCCUACUCCCACCACUCCUCACAUUCCUCCUCCAAAGACCGCAAGCGUGAAAGCAGCUCCAAAAGCAGCCACCAUUCCUCUCAUUCCCGACAUCCAGGCUCGUCCUCAUCAUCCAAGAAGCAUCAUUCAAAGACUUCUCUGUUGCAUUCUGGGUUGGGAAGAGGUGAGCCCCUCACCCUCCGAGAUGCCGAGGGCCUGAAAAUGAAGCUCAUCCUUUCGCCAAAGGAGAAGAAUGAGGAUGGAGAGCAGAAUGAGAGAUUUCCCUUCACGGCAAACUCUUUUACUGGGAGCAUGGGGCAUCACCACUUGUCUUCUAGUACAGAAAAAGAUGGGAUGAAGAAAAUCAAGGACAGGGACCGAAAGACAUUGUCUAAGCCUCCGAAGAAGAAACAGCACAGCCGAGUGACAUUGCCUGUGGUCGGGAAGGAAGUGGAAGUGGAAGGGCACUACAGUGGGUCUUUUGGAAGACUGGGAGAAGAGGGAUCAUCUUCAGGAGCGGAGCUUGAGGCAGGUGAACUGGUCAUUGAUGACUCCUACACACACCUUUCUUCUAAAAAGAAGAAGAAAAGUAAGAAAAGCAAAAAGAAAAAGGACAAAGAGAAGGACAGGGACAAGGAUAAAAGCUCGAAGGAGAAGAAGCACAGCAAAGGAGGACUUACAGCGGACCCAUCCAGAAGCCAUUCACAUUCCCACAGCUCAUCCAAUCACAGCACCUCAGUUGGGAUGUAUACCAUGCCAACACCAGUCUCCAUACAUCAUCAUCAUCAAGGCUCUGAACAAUUAAUGGUAAAAAAGAAGAAAAAAGAGGAGAAGGACAGGGAUAAGGAUAAGGACAAGCGAAAAAAGAAGAGUACCACAGCAUACCAGGUGUUCUGUAAAGAGUACAGGGUCAACAUAAGUGCAGAACAGCCUGGGAUUGUUUUUGGGGAGCUGAGCAAGAAGCUUGCAGAGGUUUGGAACCACCUACCUGAAAAAGAAAAGCAGGUGUGGAAGCAAAAAGCUCAGUAUCUUCAGCAUAAACAGAUUAAAGCCGAGGCCACCACAAUCAAGCAGAAGAACUUGUCAUCAGAAAGCAAAAUCAAAACUUCCAAUAAGGUUGUCGGCUUAGGGACUGGCCUGACCACUCAUGCUCGUUCUUCUGUGGUCGUUCGUGUACCAGAAAUCGACCCCAUUGAUGCUGCAGCUCACCUGCAGCUACUUGGAGAGUCCCUAUCACUUAUUGGACACCGGCUACAGGAGACAGAGGGAAUGGUAGCAGUGUCUGGCAGUCUGUCUGUCCUUCUAGACUCUAUUUUGUGCGCUCUUGGUCCGUUAACCUGCCUCACCGCUCAGGUCCCUCAGCUCAAUGGCUGUCCCCGUAGCGUCCUAUCAAGCACUCUUGAUAACAUUGCGUAUAUCAUGCCAGGACUAUAAAACGGCAUACUUUCUCUCAGCUGCACUUCAAGACAAAUGUGACUUAUGAAGAAGGACUUACUGAAGAAGUUUUUAACAUGACUUAUCAUGAACUGUUUAUUUUUUAUUCAUGCCACAAUUGUGUCUGGGAUAAACUAAUGGACAGAUGUAUAUAGACUUGUUUUAAAACCAAUUUUAAAAUUUUGAAACCUAAAAUCUUAUUUUGGGAAAUUAUCUAUUUAAGGUCAUCAGGUUUCUUGUUACAGGGUGUGUUUUGUUGUGUGUAUGUUUAUGUGAGUAAGUGUUGUAUUGGAAUUUGCAUGCAUUCAUUAUGUCCAGAGCAAUUUAUUUUUAUGCAGAUAUGUACAGUUUGAGGCUCAGUGAUCUUUUUUAUUAAUUUAAUUUAAUAUAAACAUACUGCAGUAGCGAUUUAACUGACAAAGUUUUGUACUUGUAUAAAUUUAAAUUGUUUAUAGUGAAAGCAUGUGUGAAAUCAUUUUGAAAGUGACCAAAACAAGUUGCUCUAAUACAUUUAGAUGCACAAACCUGUACAUUUCCUUAUUAUUGAUAAAU